AUACCUGCUAUAUUAGAAAAACAUGUCAUCUGAAAGUAAAGGUGAACUCUUGUUUACAUAUAACCCCAAAUACUACAAAACCACCGAGUCAUAGUUUAAUUCAGCCUCCAAGUGUAAUUGGAUACGAGAACAGAUGCAGGGAGUGGAGCUAUUACUUUGUGAGAUCAAAUGUGAACUCUGACCCUUUGGCCAGCUGGCAACCAAUACACAGAGGGACGGAUGUCACGCAUGCUUUUUUUUAAGGUCAUCUUAUUGUUUCUAUCAGUUAAAUUAAAGAAAAGGUUAAGUUAAAGAAAUAAAUAUAAAUUAGAACGUAUGACCAACUCAUUCAACCCCGUUCACUUUAUCUGACACAAAGUUACUAAACAUGUCCAUGGUACUCAUAAAUAUAACAAAUAGAAUAAAACAGAUAAGCAAUAAGCAACUAAAUCUAACUCAGAAAAUGUCAGUGUGUAUGUAAGUUUAAUGCAUAAAUGUAUUUUCAGCAUAUUUCCCACCCGAACAUAAAAGCUAUAGACGGAUUAUCAGUCUAUGCCCUGACAUCAGCAGAUAAGCAGACGAAGGUCGCGAAGACUAAACCACUGCACCACUACGUCAGUUGUGGAUCACUGUGACACUGAUCACGGUCGAAUUCUGUGUGAAACCAACAAGAAACACACAAUGUUGUUAAAAAUAACGGCAGUGAUUUUAAGCAGUGCUGCCGUCAUGUUCGAACUCUUUAUUUAGAUGGAUGGAGUGAUGCGAGCUCAGUACAGCUGCAGGACAGCAGAUGGCACCGCUGCAUCGUCCUGUGGUUUGUACUUGGCACCGAGACUCGUCCACGUUGUUCUCACUGUCUGACUUCGCUCCAGUUCCCCUCCCUCUAUCCCUCCCUCACUCUCUCUUCCUCGGUUUACAGUAUACACCUAUCUAUCUCCCACAAGCAUCAGCAGUCUCUUCAUCAGUCUCCGCGUUACGGGCGCUAUACGGCGUAAAGCAUGGCACCUCUCCGUCCCGAAGAACCGGGUUCAGCCGCUGCGUACCUCUGCGUCUUUCUGUUGACCGUCUCGGCCUGGAUGGCACUACCGGGACCCGUGCGCUGUGGCAGCGUGGCUUUAAACCGGCGAGGCUGGGAGGAUCGCACGAUUGACUUGAACGGCGGAGAAAGAGGCUUCCUGCCGGGCCAGAAAGCAGUCGGGGCGGGGAGCACACCCCGCUUCAGAAGAGCCCUGUCCUGGGAUAAACAAAUGUCCCUGCUCAGCAGCUCGUUCGUGCUCAAAGGGGAUGCGACCCACAACCAGGCGAUGGUCCACUGGACAGGAGAGAACAGCAGCGUCAUCCUUAUCCUAACCAAGUACUACCACGCUGACUCCACCAAGGUCCUGGAAAGCUCACUGUGGAGGUCUACUGACUAUGGCACCACCUACACCAAACUCAACCUGAUGCCAGGAACAACCAUUGUGGUGACAAGUUUCUAUAUUUGCCCAACCAACAAGAAAAAGGUAAUUCUGGUGGGUUCCUCUAUAAAUGAACGAGAUCAAAUGCUGUUUAUCAGCACAGAUGAAGGUUCCUCCUUCCAGCGGCAGUCCAUCGACUUCACACCCGACACGCUCAUCUUCCACCCCAAGGAAGAAGACAAGCUGCUGGCCUAUUGCAAGGAGGGCAGGCUCUUUGCUUCAGCAGAUCUGGGCCGCAAGUGGACAUUACUGCAGGAGAGGGUGACAAAGGACAGAGUUUUCUGGUCUGUAUCUGGUGUGGAUGUGGAUCCUGAUCUGGUGCACAUGGAGAUGCAAGAUACAAGUGGAGGCUACUUGUAUGUCACCUGCCUCAUUCAGAACUGCUCGGACAAAAUGGUGACGGCACAGUUCCUUGGAAAAAUUGAUCACAACUCGCUGCUGGUGCAGGAUGACUACGUAUUUGUCAAGGUCACCACAGGCAAUCGGACCAAGCACUAUGUGUCCUACCGACGGAAUGAAUUUGUCCAGAUGAGGUUUCCCAAGUAUGCCUUACCAAAGGAUGUUCAGAUAGUGAGCACAGAUGAGAACCAGGUCUUCCUCGCCCUCCAGGAGUGGUACCAGUCAGACACAUACAACCUGUACCAGUCAGAUCCCGAAGGCGUCUACUACUCCAUCGUCCUGGAAAAUGUUCGCAGCACCAAGCAGCCAGAGGAGAAUGUUCUCAUUGACAUUUUGGAGGUACGCGGAAUCAAAGGAGUCUUCUUGGCAAACCAGAAAAUUGAUGGAAGAGUGACAACUGUAAUAACUUACAACAAAGGACGUGACUGGGAACCCUUGGCCCCACCUACCACUGACAUGAAUGGCAAACCUGUCAGUUGCAAAGCGCCGGACUGUCACCUCCACCUCCACUUGCGCUGGGCAGACAACCCCUAUGUGUCUGGGACUGUCCACACCAAAGACUCUGCUCCGGGUCUUAUUAUGGGUGCUGGUAACCUGGGCUCCAAGCUAGUAGAGUAUAAGGAAGAAAUGUAUAUCACUUCAGACUGCGGAAAGACGUGGAGACAGGUGUUCGAGGAGGAGCAUCAUAUCCUGUAUCUGGACCACGGUGGUGUCAUCGUUGCCAUCAAAGAUACCUCGAUUCCCCUCAAGAUACUCAAGUUCAGUAUUGAUGAAGGACGGACGUGGAACAUUCACAACUUUACAAGCACCUCUGUGUUCGUCGAUGGACUUCUGAGUGAGCCAGGAGAUGAGACCCUGGUCAUGACUGUGUUUGGCCACAUCAGCUAUAGGUCAGACUGGGAGCUGGUGAAAGUGGACUUUAGGCAGUCUUUUCCCCGUCAGUGCACUGAGUCUGAUUAUGACUCCUGGCGGUUCACAGAUCAGAAGGAGGAAAAGUGCAUUAUGGGCCAGGAGCGGACGUUCAGGAAGAGGAAGGACACUGCAUUCUGCAUAAAAGGAAAAAGCUACACAUCAGCUCUGACCAACAAACCCUGCCAGUGUACUGAGAAAGACUACAACUGUGAUUAUGGAUUCGAGCGAUCACACAUGGAAACUGACCGCUGCUUCGCUGACUUCUGGUAUGAUCCAGAUUCACCACCCGAAGACUGCCACCUAGGACAGACCUACAUGUCCAGCACUGGCUACAGAAAGAUGAUAACUAACUCAUGUGAAGGGGAGCCAGACAAGCAGCAGAGCUCUAAAAAGCACAGCUGCCCCCUGCUCGCCCCUAAAGGAUUACGAGUUGGCAUAAAAGGGCAGUUGCUGGCUGUGGCACCUGGGGAUGACAUCACAUUCACUGUCCACCAGGAGCAGGGUGACACCAGCAGCACCAAGUAUCAGGUGGAUCUUGGUGAUGGGGUACGGGCAAUUUACCAGAACCUGACCGUGACUGAUGAACCCAUCCAGCACCGUUAUGAAAAUCCAGGCAUUUACAAGGUCAAAGUGAAGGCUGAGAAUAUGGCUGGACACGAUGAGGCUACCAUGUACAUCCAGGUCACAGCCCCUCUACAGGAAGUACACCUAGAAGUGGUUCCCAUUGCUGGGAGAAACCAUGAGGUCAAUCUCACUGCUACUGUCCUUCCCAGUGAGGCCAACCUGACUGUCUUUUACUGGUGGAUAGGAGACAGCAUGCAGCCCAUCCUGACUCUGCAGAACAGCCUUCUGACUCGUUUCCCAGGAACAGGCAAAGUCUCAGUCACGGUACAGGCUACAAACAGCCGAUCCAUGGUGCAGGACACAAGAACUGUCCGAGUUUACGAUAACUUCCAAGUCAUCCCUCUGAGCUUCAGCAGAAACCUAGACAGAUUCAAUCCAAAUAUCCCAGAGUGGAGAGAUGACAUUGGCCAGGUGGUCACCAAAAUACUGGCAAAGAUUACAGGUGUACCUCAGAAUUCCCUGGUUACUGUGGUCAAACCAGGUCUCCCCACCACUGCCGACCUGUAUGUUCUCCCACUGGACACCAAACCAGCCAAGAGAAGCUUGUUUGUAGAUAAGCGUAUUCCAGCCAUCAUUCAGGUCUUCAACGACAACAACGUCAGCUUUGUGAUACGAGGAGGCCUACAGGUGCUCGUGAUGCUAGCUGACCCAAAUGCAGGCUACCAUGGAGCAGCUGGAAGUGCGGGUGUUUGGACUCUAGCUGUCAUUUUCCUUAUUGGUCUUAUUGCUACUGGCGCCUUUAUCCUCUAUAAGUUCAAAAGUCCUUGGCUUAGGCCUGAGGAUGCAUAUCCCCCAUUGUUUUUCAGGAAGCUUCCAUGCACCCACAACUACGCCCAGAUGCACAGUGUAAAGGAGCAGGAGAUGAUCAGCCCUGUCAAUCACAGUGAGGACACCCAGCAAAUCAUCCAGGGUGAGGAGUACAUCGAUGACGACCUGGACUCACAGACUCUAGGUAACGCAGGAGGUAGCCCCGCCUUCCGUUCCCUAAUAAGGACUACUACUAACCACUGCUACUAAACCCAAGCCACUAACACCAGCAGCUAACACACACCAAGGCACUCAUUCGGGUGUGGUCCUAAACAUGAACUGCAGAGAGCUACACAGUUAGCAGACCAGCUGAUGGCCACCAUGGCAAUGCUGAAGAGCUAGUUGAGGCGAGCCGAGCUGGCUAAUGAGCACAGGGACUCCACUCUGCCUUUUUCCUUCUCUCGUCUUUAGAUUUUCCCUCUCCUCCUCCUCUGUCAGGUCACUUCACUCUUCCAUGGACUCUUCCACUCUCCUGCUUCUGGGUAUUGUGUUAAUUAUUUUGGGGAAGUGGCUGACCUUGGUGUUGGGACUCUAUUCAGUAAUCACCCCUUUUUUUUGCCAGCCCUGGACACCCUGGACAUAAGGGCCAGUGGCUCAGUUUGAAGGCUCAUCUGUACACUGUCUGUCUGAUAACACAGGUACAAUCGGCAAGCAUGUCUCACAAGACUGGUUUCCACUGAUACUGACAGUCAGAGAGAUAGUUGAAACCACUAGAGACCGGUGUGCUAAAAUGAUUUCUGAGCACUAAACGUAGUUUGCAUUGUGUCCCCCCCCCCCACACACACACACAGUUAUCAUUCUGCUCCUCUCUUCAAUGGCAAUAAUAAUCUCAAUGGAAUGUAGGAUGUGAUAUAAACCCUUGUGAAUUUGUAUGUGAUGGGUGUACACAUGCAAACACAAGAGGGCAGUGUUGCACUUUUUGAAAUCUCCACUGACAGGUACUCUUACAGCUCAGCUUCUUUGGAAUAUACUGUAUGUACACACAGCUUUGUUUAUUUAACAAAAAGAAAAAAAAACAUUCAUCUCCAUGUGUUCUUGUUUAAAAGUAACAAAAUUUACAGAUGUGUGGUCAGUGAUGUUUCUGAUCAGUUUCACCUUUGUCUGUCCCCAUGGUGCCUGAAACAGCAGACACAGAUCUGCUCAGUGACAUUUCCUGUUAUUUAGUUAUUUCUGGAAACAGUACAGCCCUUUCUCCUUGUCCUCAUCCCUGUCCUAACACUUUCUGGGUCAGAGCAGACCCCCUGGAGACAAAGGUUGCCGUCAUUGGAGGGAAGCUGUAGUUGAUAUAUUUUAUUGUAUCAGCCUAUAUUAGGCAAAGCUCGUGGUGGAAUCAUGUCUCCUUAAAAGUUUGGUUCAUUUUAAAUGUGUAAAUAUGAUCGGUGAUAUACUCUUUGUAAAUAUCCCCUUUGUGUGUGUGUUUUACACUAAUACCAAAAUACAUCACUUUUUUUACCCCUCUUUUUCUGGAGUUUCCUGCCACAGAGUUUCCCAGGUUUGAACAACAUCUCACUGUUUCCACUUUCCUCAGCAUCAUUGCCUGCUUUACAUUUUUGGGUAUUUUCAUUAUAAUGUCAUGAGUAGGGAUAUUUCACUGUCUUUAUUGUUAACUGGAAAUAAUUUUCGUGUCUUAUAAAGAUGCUCACAGUUACACAGUGACAGCAAUGUAGAUGGAUAUUUUUGAUAUACUGUCAGUUUUUCUUUUCCAGCACAUGUAAAACACAAAUGAGUGUUUCUUUUACCUUUUGACAGUCAUUUUAUGUUUUUUUAAUUGAACUAAUGUGAGCAGUUGCUGUCACAACGCACCAGACAGCAGCUGAACAAGUCUACAGAUGUGUCAAGAGGUCUUUGAACGGCCUUGUCACCUUUGGUCCAUCUUGUAUUUGAUGCAGCAGAUUGUGUUCACUCCUCCUGGUUUGAUUCAACUUUUGUACAUAUUCUGCUCAUAUUUUUGUUCUUAGUUUUCUAGUGAUGUGUCAUCUUUGUAUCAAUGUCCCCUUAAACACAGGGGAAAAUGGGAGUUAUGAUGUUCCAGUGUAAUAGUCAAAGAGUUUCACAUAUGGUGGCACAGUGUAACACAGCAGUGUAAUUAUAACCACGAUUCUAUCCUUUCAUUUUUCUCUCGUCUGUUCGAUCUUUUGGUUUUGCAAAUAAAAACAACUGUUCUUUUCAGGAAGCAUAGUGCACUCAACCUGCAUCAUGGAAUAAAUCACUCCCAUAACGUG